UGAAGCUCCCCCGGGAGCCGCCAUUUUCCGGAGGGGAAGGGGCGGGCGGCGCGGGGCUCUCGCUCGCUCUUAAAGCGGCAGCAGCUCGGCAGCGAAGCCCCGGGUUGGGAGCGGGGAAGGCCCGUGGCUGUGGCCGCGGUUUCCUCCAGUCACGACAGAUGUGGGCAGACUGUGUCAGGACCGGAUCGGACCAGACCGGACCGAAAAGGAACAUGGGAAAACUCCUGUGCUUGUAUUUGGUGUGCAUGUGCUUCUAGGACUGAAGGCUGCAAUACAAUCCCUGUCCUAAGAGGAAAAUAGACUUACCUGAAGAAAAAUCGUGGCAGCAUCAGUGGACACGCUUCAGGAAGUGGCCAUGUUUCCUGCCACCACGGAGUGAGUGAGUGUUUCUGAAGCCCAGCAGCAAUGGCAGCUGAGGAGAGGGACUACAACCUGACCGAGGAGCAGAAGGCUGUCAAAGCCAAGUACCCACCACUCAACAAGAAAUACGAAUAUUUGGAUCACACAGCAGAUGUGCAGUUACAUGCCUGGGGAGACACCUUGGAAGAAGCAUUUGAGCAGUGUGUUAUGGCCAUGUUUGGCUACAUGACUGAUACAGAGACUGUGGAACCUCUGGAUACAGUCGAGGUAGAGGCAGAAGGGCAUGACAUGUUGUCUCUUCUCUUCCACUUCUUGGAUGAAUGGCUGUAUAAAUUCAGUGCCAAUGAGUUCUUUAUACCCAGGGAGGUGAAAGUGCUUUACAUCGACCGAAUGCAAUUCAAAAUAAGAUCAAUUGGGUGGGGAGAAGAGUUCUCUUUACCCAAACACCCUCAGGGUACAGAGGUCAAAGCCAUAACUUACUCAGCAAUGCAGAUCUGUGAAGAUGAAAAGCCAGAAGUCUUUGUCAUCAUUGAUAUUUAAAGCAAGACAAGGGUGAUGGAGCAGAUGUUUGUUGUUGGCUGGCAGCAGUCCCUUGAAAACUCUGAUCUCCGUGGAAGUAACGAAGGAAUUGCCCAAUUAAAGUCGUAAAUGGAAGGGAAUAGUUGUGAGGAAUGUCAGCCUGUGUUUUGAGGAUGGUGAGACAGAAAUAACCUGCAUGCCAGGAAAAGAACUCACUGGUGUUUUGGGGAGUGUUGAAACAGAGUUGCAGGGGUUGAAAGUCACUCAGUAAUAGUAGUAGUCAGCUUUUAAGGCUGAUACAUGAGUCAGGUGCUAUAUGAACUAAAGAGAUAAGUGCAGCUGCUAUUUAAAAUAUGAUCUUUUGGUGAGGUGGCAGGAGAUAAUGUAAGUCUUCCUUUGCAGAUGUCAGUGUUCUAAUUGUGAGGUGAUAACCCUCCUCCAUAUGAUAUAAAGUGUCCAGAAUAUCUGCAAUGGCUCAGAUUUAUUGUAGACAAUUUCUGACUGUUGAAAGGAUACCUAAGAAAGCAGAGCACUGAAAAACCAAACUGACCACUUCAAAAUCAAACCAGCACACCUUCUGGAGUACUUAAAAAGAUGUCAUACCAGCAGGUGGUGCUGAAUUGUUGUAAAUAAAUGUCCACAUGAAAUCCCACAUGACUGUGUACUUGGACUCCUAACAGCACCUAUUAUCACUCUGAAAAGUAGGCAGCUUUGCUGCUGCCAUGGAAUGGGAUACACCAGACUCUGCAGGCUCACUCCCAACUAUGUCUUGUGAAAGCUGAUUCUCUUUUCUUUAAAAAGCAGGCUGUUAGCUCAGCCUCCAUUCCUUCCUGUAAGGACAAUGUGAGCCAUCCUUUAACGUCAGAGGAUUAUGGACUUGAGUUCACUGAAUCAAAAUUCAUUAAAAAAAGAUCAAAAGUGUGUUGUGUUUUAAAUCACAGGACAGAGAAUGUGUGUUCCUCGCCUUUGCUGCUUAUGUGUGAGGAAGUUUUUAUUCUAAGUGCUGCAAGUGCCUCACAUCUGGAGGUAGUGUCUCAUCAUUUUGUUGUAAAGUCAUCUUAAAUAGACCCAAUUUAAUCUGUCUGGCGAAGACUGAGGGAUAAAAUCCCUCAUGCUUCUUUUGAGAAAUCUUCAAUGCUGAAAUAAAACUUGGGCUGAAAGAAUCAA